GUAGGACCUUCUCAUGGUUAAAUUACUUUUAAUUUGGGUUAAUUAGAAGAAAAAGAUUUAAAUGAAAAAUAUAUAUUUUAAGAUAUAUUAGAAAUAGUUAUCCAUGAAAUGACUCAUGUUUUGGGUUUUUCAGAACAUUCAAUACCUUUAUGGAUAUAAUCUGAUAAAAGUCUUUAUCCUAAACCUACUUUCAUAUAAAAAUUAAGGGGAAUUGAUGCUUUAUUUCUCAAAACGCCUAAAGUUUUGCAGUUUGCUCGUAAAUAUUUUAAUUGUCCUUCCUUAACUGGUAUACCUCUUGAAAAUUUAGGAGGCCAAGGUUCUGUAAAUUCACAUUGGAAAAACACAAUAAUUAAUACCGAAUAUAUGAAUUCAUAAUAAUAAUCUUUAUAAUCAUAUUUUAGUGGUUUUACAGCCAAUCUUUUAAGAGACACAGGCUUCUAUGAGAAAUAAAAGAAUCUAUGGAAGAGAAAUAUUCUAAGGAAAGGAGCAGCUGUCACACGUCACUGGUUAAUGUAUUCUACUAGAAAUGAAUUUUGUAUUCCUUCAAUUGAUAUAGAUUUUUGUGAUUUCUCCCAUAUUGAGCUUCAAUUUUUAUGCUGGUUAAUUUAAUGA